AUGGAAUUGAACUUGUUUAAACUUGCAUUUCUUAGUUUGUUAUUUACAUUAUUUCUGCAAAUUAAUGCUCAAGAUGAACCGAUACAAGAAGCGCAUCUGCAAGAGAAUGUUUUAGUAGUGGACAUUAUUGAUUUACAAUCGCACUCUCCAUUCCUCUGUUCCGGAACAGUUCUUGCACCAAGAUUUGUUUUAGCAACAGCAAGUUGUCUUACUGUUCGACCUUUCAACAGGAUAUAUGUUCGAAGAAACGCAGAACAAGUUAUCAUUCAUCCCGAUUAUACAAUUGGUCAGAACAAUUUAAAUAAUAUCGGCAUUGUUCGAAUUUCUGGAUUAUUCAAUGAUGCAGAACCAUCAAGAAUUUUAGGAGGACUCCCAACGAAUUCGUCUUGCAAUUUAGUAGGAUGGGGUGGUGCAGAACGAUUUCCUCGUUCCGAACCUGUUAAUAUUUAUGGACCUCAAUAUUGCAACUCAAGUAACCCUCAAGUCUUUUGCUCAACAUCAACAAAUUUUGCAGUAUGUAACGCAAGAUUGGCUUCUGUAAUAAUUUGUGGAAUAGAAGACACUGUGAACGGACUUUUAAUAAGUGAAUCGGGAUGCGAAUCAAACGACAAUCGAUUGUAUUAUCACUCAAUAAGUGACCAUGCCGGUUGGAUAAAUCAAGUUUUAUCAAGUUCAGUGAAGCAAGUUGAGUCACUUGUUCUUAUCUUAUCAAUGAUGUUGAUAACGUUGAAUUUGAAACUGUAA